CUGCACCGUAAUCGUUUCCCAUGGACUGAAGAAACUCGCUGAACCGAACCCGUAUAGGAGGAAGCAUCUUGGAAUGAUAAAUCUGCCCUCCCCGUGAAGGCAUUCCCGUGUGCUCCCGCAGCAUUGUGCUUUGUGAGAGACAGACACCGGCAAGCUGGGAGCAGGAGGCAGCCAGGAGCUCCGGUGAGGAACAGGAACUCUCACGUCGUGCUUGGGAAGGGGGUGAGGUUUUCUAGGCACCCGCUGGACGGACCUUUGGGGGCAGAGAGGAGCUGUUGCGAUGGAGUUUCAUGCGGUGGCACUCUCAUUCAUCCUUGCAUUGAGGAUGUCUUCUCUUGCUUCUGGGAACAAACUUCAGCCCCAUAUGCCGAACGUCUGCUUGGAGCAGGAGCUGGCGAUUGUGGGGCACCGGCAGCCGUGCGUCCAGGCCUUCACCCGCACCCUCAAGGUGUGGAAGCAGGACUGCGGAGGGCGGCGGUGGUGCGUGGGCUACGAGCGGAGAACUGCCUAUCACACUGCCUACAGGCAGACGUACAGGGUGCGACGCCAGCCCGCCUACAGGUGCUGCCCGGGCUGGGCCCAGCGCGGGGCCGACGCCGGCUGCCUCCACCCUGUCUGCAGUUACGGAGUUUGUUUCAACGGUGGAAGUUGUGUGGAGGGAUCUUCGCAGCUCUGCCGCUGCUCCUCUGGCUUCCAAGGGCCUCGCUGUCAGUACGACGUGAACGAGUGCAAGGUGGGCAACGGCGGCUGCGAGUCCCAGUGCUGCAACACCAUCGGCAGCUUCUACUGCAAGUGCGCGGCGGGGUGGCGGCUGGCCCAGGACGGGAGGGCCUGUGCAGAUGUUGACGAGUGCCAGGUCCACAACGGGGGCUGCCAGCACAGGUGUGUGAACACCCUUGGCUCUUACUAUUGUGAAUGCAAGCCAGGCUUUCGCCUGCACACAGACGGCAGGACCUGCAUUGCUGUGAACUCGUGUGCCCUGAACAACGGCGGCUGCGAACACGACUGCGUGCAGGUGACGCUGGCGCAGCACCGCUGCCAGUGCCGGCACAACUACCAGCUGCGGGCAGACGGGAAACGCUGCGCCUUGAGGAACCCCUGCGGCGAGAGGAACGGGGGCUGCAUGCACCAGUGCCACAGCCACGGCGGGACGGCCCGCUGCCAGUGCCACCCCGGGUACCGCCUGGCGCCCGACGGCAAGGCCUGCCAAGACGUGAACGAGUGCCUGACGGGACAAGCCCGGUGUGCCCACCAGUGUCUUAACACUCGCGGGUCCUUUAAGUGCACCUGUAACCCGGGCUACGAGCUGGGGGCAGACAGCAAGCAGUGCUACCGGAUAGAAAUGGAGAUCGUGAACAGCUGCGAAGCCAACAACGGCGGCUGCUCCCAUACGUGCCACCACACCAGCUCCGGCCCAGUCUGUACCUGUAACUUCGGCUAUCGGCUGGAAGAGGACCGGAAGACGUGCACGGAUAUCAACGAAUGUGACGGUGGUUCUCACUGUUGUCAGCAAGACUGUUACAAUUACCCUGGAGGCUACGAGUGCGCCUGCUACGCGGGAUACAGGCUCAGCACGGAUGGCUGUGGGUGUGACGAUGUGGACGAGUGCUCUGCGAGUAACGCUGGAUGCGAACACACCUGCCAGAACCAGCCUGGGUCUUUCCAGUGUGGCUGCGAGAUUGGGUACAAGCUGGAGGAGGACCGAAGGAGCUGCAGCUCUAUCGAGGGCCCCGUGGAAGCUCUGGAUGGUCAGCGCCCCGUUAUCCGCCCGAUCCCUCACGUUGCAAUCCUGCGAGAUGAAUUUACGCAGCUCUUCAGCGACGACUAUGAAGAAGAGGAGGAGGAGAUGGAAGCAAGAGGAGAGCACACGCUUUCAGAAAAAUUCGUCUGCCUGGAGCACACCUUCGGCCCUGACUGCAGCCUGACCUGCGACGACUGCCAGAACGGAGCCACCUGCGAUGCGGAGGAGAGCGGCUGCGACUGCCCGGCGGGCUGGGCCGGGCUCCUCUGCAACCAGACCUGCCUGCUGGGCUCCUUCGGGAAGAACUGUGCCAGCCGCUGUGCCUGUCCCCCGGGAGUGCCCUGCCACCACGUCACCGGCCGCUGCGGCUGCCCGCCGGGCUUCACGGGCUCUGGAUGCGAAAAAACCUGCCUGCCAGGGACCUUCGGCGCGGGCUGUGCCCACGCCUGCCAGUGCGCCGGAGCCACCCAGGAGUGCCACCCCGUCACCGGGGCGUGCGUCUGCGCCCCCGGCUUCCACGGUCCCUCCUGCCAGCUGGAGUGCUCCCCGGGGUGGUACGGCCGUAACUGCGAGAGGCCGUGCGAGUGCAGGAACGGGGGCGUGUGUGACGCUGCCACCGGGAUGUGCCGCUGCCCGGCCGGCUACAUCGGCGCUGACUGCGCUGUCGGGUGUCCGGCUGGUCGCUACGGCCAGGACUGCGCGCGGGUCUGCUCCUGCGGGGACGGCGCUGCCUGUCACCCCAUCACCGGGGACUGCGUUUGCCCCCCGGGACGAGCUGGUCCCACCUGUGAGCAAGGCUGCGAGCGGCACCGCUACGGGCCGGGCUGCCAGCAGACCUGCUCCUGCCGCAACGGGGGGCUCUGCGACGCUGCCGACGGCUCCUGCUCGUGUGCGCCUGGGUGGACGGGGAAAUCCUGCGAAUUAGAGUGCCCGCCGGGAAGGUUCGGCGCCGGCUGCCAGCUCCGCUGCGCCUGCCUGCACAACGGCACCUGUGACCCGGCCACGGGAGCCUGCCGCUGCCCCGCGGGCCGCUACGGGCCCCUCUGUGAGCACAGCUGUCCCCCGGGUUUCCACGGAGCUGGCUGCCGGGAGCGCUGCGACUGCGAGCACGGAGCAGGCUGUGAGCCAGCCACCGGCCGCUGCCAGUGUCCCGCCGGGUUUGGCGGCGAGCGCUGUCAGACAGGCUGCGCGGAGGGAACGUUCGGUGAGGGAUGCCAGCAGCUCUGCGACUGCCUCGGCAACGCGCCCUGCGAGCCAGCCACGGGGCGCUGCCUCUGUCCCCCCGGGAAAACCGGCCUCAAGUGCGGGGCAGACUGCCGGCCCAGCCGGUACGGCCCGGACUGCAGCCUGCCCUGCCAGUGUGCCGCCGGCAGCGCCCACUGCAACGCUCGGAACGGGCAGUGCCUCUGCCUCAACGGCUACCUGGGGCCGACGUGUCGGGACGCCGUGCAGCCGCCGGCGCCCACCGGGUCCCCGCCGGCCCAGCACUAGGUCCUGCCGGGAGCGCGCCCGCGGUGUGGCCAGGCAGCCACCCGAAGAAGCCAAGGACCUAUUUAACGAACUUGUUUACAAGCCACACGAGCUGUUGCCAUUUCCUGACAGCCCCAGCGGCCGCUGUCGGGGUUGCCUGAGCGAGGCUGAAGCGCCCAGUGUAACCAGUUCGCCACCACAACGGCGCGGGCUGGCCUCCGGGCACGCCGCGAGGGCAAGUACCCGGCCAGUGGCGCAGGCCCUCGGCCAGCCAGGGACCAGUUCAGGAGCCAUCACUUCUGGCCAGCGGACUUUGACGGCUCGUGGCAAAGCUGGCCUUCAUCUUUUGGGUGCUGGGCUUGGGGCGGGGUGUGGGGGCUGAAAUUCUGGUCCCAAGUUUAUGCAACAGUAUUUAUGGGAAGCUGCACAGCAGCGUUGUCAGAACGGAUGGCUGAAGGUGCCCGGCUCCCCUGAGAUCACGCUCCCGCAGAGGUACCACCUCACUUGGAUAUUUUUUUGUUGUUUAAUUUGACUUUGCGAUGGUCUUUUACUGUAAAUUGUCACUCGCCGCAGUGCGGGCUGCUCUGGCCAGCUGUGCAGGGGGUGGGAGCUGGGUUUUCAAACCCGGAGUGUGUCAGCCCCCUUGAGCUGCCCGUGUGCGUGCUCCGAUGAGAGGCCUCGAGGAACUGUAAUACACAGAGACGCUGUGUGGACAAAGCUCUUGCGUGGUGCCAGAAAUGCAAAUCCCUAUUCACGUGUUCUCGCCACAGCACAGGACCCCGCGUUAUCUUUCCGUUCCAGCUGAACCAGGAGCGGCCGCGCUGGGCAAGCGCGGAGCCACGGCGGAGCCUCGGCUGCCACCGGCAGUGACGGGGAACACUGAGGCCCAGCGAGGUCCCCGAGAGCCGGCCCGAGCCGGGCCCCUUCGUCUGUUUGCACAAAGCUCUUGGGGAAUUAGAGCCCCGGAGCCCACGAUGUCAAAAGGAACCAGGAGACGGGCCGCUCCGUCCCGGCACAUCUGCCUCUGCUGCUGCUGCUGCAGCACAGCCCUGCCCAGGCGCUUGGCCUUUAAAUUAUUCCCACAGGGGCCAACUGAAAAUAAUAAAAGAAUUGUUUCUUUUCCUGAUGGAAUUUAUUUUAAUCUGUAUAUAACUUGUAAUUUUUUGCUAAUUCUUUUCUUAUUUUAUUUCUUCCUUAACAGUAUUUUUUGCAUUAGAUAUCAUUAUUGUGAAGAAAUAAUGUUAAUAUAAGUAUGUAGUGAAGGACCAAAAUGGUGUAAUUAAGGUUGUAUGUUGUAUGAUUGAUAACCAGGGAGUAGGAAGAUUUUGUCCAUGUGCCAAAUGACCCUGAUCAAUCCUGCUCGUCUUGCUGCCGAUUCUCCAGACAAUCACACGUUUCGUUCCGUUUGCCUUGAAGCGACCGUUGUGUUAGACGAAGGUUUCUGGCCCUUCCCGCGG